AUGUGUUCCUACCUGGAUGAAUUUAGUAUUUGUAACACCAUAUCUGACAACAUUAAACAAAACAUAAUCCUAUUUCAUGUAUUUGAAACUGAUUACGAAAGUAAUGUAUUGUAUGUCACAAGCGAUGACUUGGUGUAUGGUUUGGGAUAUAACUAUUACGGGUGUCUGGGCUUAGGACACAACCAUAUGGUGACAUCACCACAAAUUAUACCACAAUUAUGUCACCAAAGGAUUCAGCGAUUUAUUAAUGGCUUCUCAUUUGUGUUGGCAGUCACCGCUGAAAACCACAUAUAUAUUUGGGGCCAAAAUAGUUGGGGACAGUUAGGCGUAACUACACCCGAGACCGAUGUCUAUAUAAAACCCCAAAAGUUAGCAUUUUUUGACGACAAGGAUAUCUUGGAAAUCAGUUGCGGUCUCAACCACUGUCUGAUCCUCUCAUCAGAUGGACAGGUAUACGGUUGGGGUCGGAAUAGCGAGGGACAGGUAUGGGGUCCACUCAGGGAGGCUUACUGUGGGCCUAUGAAACUGGAUUUGUAUAUAGUUGGGGUCAUAACGAGGACUAUAGGCUGGGAUGUAGUGAUAACUCAAUACGAGAGCCACAACUCAUUGAAAACCUAA